AGAGGCCCACGACCUUCGACCCCCUCUUUGCGUCUCUUUGAGAGAGAAUUACUAAACCAAAGGAGAGAGAGAGAGCGAGAGGCAUGCUCUUUUCCUGAAUCAUUCUAAAAGCCAUUCUCUCUGUAGAUCCACCUAACUACUAAUACUCGCCAACGACAAGACAACAACAAGAAGCCUUUGAAUUUUUACGAUUUGAUGAUUUGAUCCGCCUCUCUCUCGCUAAAUGUGAGCUACCAGACAUACUCCCACGUGAUCCUCUCUCCUUCCCACCAGUGGGUUGCUUGCCCCUGCAACUUCCCCCUUUUCUCUCUCUCUAUUUUAAAUACGCCCUCUCAUUCCCCUCGUUUUGGCUGCAAGGAUCUUUGCAUUUCAGGACCCUAGUGCAUUUGGACUUGCCAGAAUAACUCACCUUGCGCCAGUGGUGCUCUGUGGAGAGAAAUAUGGCAACGGGGCAACUUUUCUCAAAAAAUACACAAGCCUUGUUCUACAACUAUAAGCAACUUCCGAUACAACGAAUGCUUGAUUUCGAUUUCCUUUGUGGCCGGGAUACACCAUCUGUUGCUGGAAUUAUAAAUCCUGGUGCUGAGGGAUUCCAAAAACUCUUUUUUGGACAAGAGGAAAUUGCCAUACCUGUUCAUUCUAGCAUUGAAGCGGCUUGUAGUGCACAUCCAACUGCUGAUGUUUUCAUCAAUUUUGCUUCCUUCAGAAGUUCAGCUGCUUCCUCCAUGGCUGCAUUGAAACAACCAACCAUCAGAGUAGUAGCCAUAAUAGCUGAAGGUGUCCCAGAAGCGGAUUCUAAGCAGUUGAUUGCAUAUUCCCGGGCUAACAACAAGGUUGUUAUUGGCCCUGCAACUGUCGGUGGAAUUCAAGCAGGAGCUUUUAAAAUUGGUGACACUGCAGGUACAAUUGACAACAUCAUCCAGUGCAAGCUUUACAGGCCUGGAUCUGUUGGAUUUGUCUCCAAAUCUGGAGGCAUGUCAAAUGAACUUUACAAUACAAUCGCCCGUGUAACAGAUGGAAUUUAUGAAGGCAUUGCAAUCGGGGGAGAUGUUUUUCCUGGAUCAACUCUCUCUGAUCAUGUCUUGCGUUUUAAUAACAUACCACAGGUCAAAAUGAUGGUUGUGCUUGGGGAGCUUGGUGGGCGAGAUGAGUAUUCCUUAGUUGAGGCCUUAAAGCAAGGAAGGGUCCAUAAGCCAGUGGUUGCUUGGGUUAGUGGUACCUGUGCAAGGCUCUUUAAGUCGGAAGUGCAGUUUGGCCAUGCUGGUGCUAAAAGUGGUGGUGAGUUGGAAUCAGCACAAGGAAAGAAUCAAGCAUUAAGGGAAGCAGGAGCAAUUGUGCCCACAUCUUAUGAGGCUUUUGAGAGUGUGAUUAAAGAGACAUUUUAUAAGCUUGUUGAGGAAGGAAAGGUUUCUCCAGUUAAGGAAGUGAAGCCUCCUCCUAUUCCUGAGGAUCUUAACUCAGCUAUUAAGAGUGGAAAGGUUCGGGCACCAACUCAUAUUAUCUCCACAAUCUCAGAUGACCGAGGUGACGAACCUUGUUAUGGUGGUGUUCCUAUGUCCACCAUUGUAGAGAAAGGCUAUGGUGUUGGCGAUGUUAUUUCACUUUUGUGGUUCAAGCGCAGUCUACCUCGAUACUGUACACAGUUCAUUGAGAUCUGUAUCAUGUUAUGUGCCGAUCAUGGUCCUUGUGUGUCUGGUGCCCACAACACGAUAGUUACAGCAAGGGCUGGGAAAGAUCUAGUCUCAAGCCUUGUUUCAGGGCUUCUUACUAUUGGUCCACGAUUUGGUGGUGCUAUAGAUGAUGCUGCUCGGUACUUUAAGGAUGCAUAUGACAGGGGUCUUUCUCCAUAUGAGUUUGUGGAAAGUAUGAAAAAGAAAGGCAUUCGAGUGCCUGGCAUUGGUCACAGAAUUAAGAGGGGAGACAACAAAGACAAGAGAGUCGAGCUACUUCAGGAAUAUGCACGUACCCACUUCCCAUCCGUGAAAUACAUGGAGUAUGCAGUCCAAGUGGAGACAUACACUCUUUCCAAGGCCAACAAUCUGGUCCUCAAUGUGGAUGGUGCAAUUGGUUCCCUCUUUUUGGAUCUCCUUGCCAGUAGUGGGAUGUUCACAAAGCAAGAAAUUGAUGAGAUUAUCGAGAUUGGUUAUCUCAAUGGGCUUUUUGUGCUGGCUCGUUCAAUUGGUUUGAUUGGGCAUACCUUCGACCAGAAGAGAUUGAAGCAACCACUGUACAGGCACCCAUGGGAAGACGUCCUCUACACAAAGUAAAUGGGCACCUGUUCAAUUUUCAGGUUCUCCUUUUCCUUUAUUUAAACUUCCAUCUCCUUGAAUUUUCUAAUGAUUAUAUAUUUUUUCCUCUUCCGGUUUGCAUUUCCUGCCAAAAUGGCAUGCCGGAAGUUAUGUAUCAGUCUCCGUACUGCUUGAGUUGCUUGUUUCAAUUUGUUGAUCAGAGGCUAUCUUUUAUUUUUAUUUUCUUUUUUCUUUUUUGGUGGAUAGAGGCUAUAUAAAUAUUAUAUGAAUAUCAGUGAAGCCCCUAUGUUACUAAUGGAACUAACAACCGAGUCUGAAGAUUUUGGUUUUUCCAUCUA